AUGUCUUCAUCCAGACGUUCUCGUCGCCUCUCCCCAGAAGAACUCAUGCAGGCCGUAUCAAGUCUCGCCCAGUACCCCUCUCAAUCCGAGGCACAAUUCAGCAUUAGCGGCGGUGUGGCGACCUCGAUCUUGCGCAUGCAAUAUGGCUUUGUGCAGCACGUCACCGACGACAUCGAUCUUGUCGUCCAGCCCCGAGGCAGCAUGACGGCUGAGAGCAUCUCACACUGGCUGCUGGAGAACUUCCCCACAGCCUUUGUGGCAAAGGAGCAGUUCGGCGUCACUACUCCAGCAAUCACCAUACAGAGGCAUGAUGGCUCUGUCAAGCACUACAAUCUCGAUGACCCAGACAACGAUGUUACCGUGAUCUCGGUCAACGGGGUGGAUGUCCCCAUCUUCAGUGCGCGCUGGCUCCUCAGGGAGAAGUUCGUCACGGCGUUUGAACCUCAAGGUACGAGAAAGGAAGAAACCGAUCUCGACGACAUCUCUAUUCUCUUGGAGACGGUCGAUGCCAAUGGGCUGGACCUCACCGACCGUGAAGACGCAGUGCAACAUGCGGUUGCUCAGCUACCGGAGAGCUUCGAGCUGCUCUGCCUGAAGGUCGUGUACUGGGCCUUUAAGGAACAGCUGCAGUACCUUGAUGCAGAUCUUGAGAGGCACAACUUUGACUGGGAUCCAAAUAGCCAGGUGUGGUACUUUUCUGACGAAAAGGGCCAAACAUGGUUCCACGAUGUCGAUGCCCGGGCCUUUGAAGAUGGUACCCAGAGAAAUAUUAAUCAGCACCAGAUCAGGCCCCCAAACCCUCUGACAACUCAUCUGUCUUACUCAACUCAGUUCUUUCAAGUCCACAUCACAACGAAUAUGUCUUCCGAUCCAAUAGAAAUAAUAUCCGAAGCUUUGGAUCCCCUGUCUGCCAUCCUAUGGGGUGAUAUGGCGAUAGGUAAUCUUGGUGUUGGAUUGGUCUGCGAGAACUACAUGCUGGUUGUCGAAGAUGCGAGCCUGGAUACUGCAGCUCAGAAUUUGAAGCAAAGGGGCUUUCGGGAGGCCCCUUGGUUUUACGGCUCCCGUGACGACCCAGCCUUGUACACAGACCCCAAGGUACAGCAGAGUCAUCGUUGGGUAGCCCAACAAUACAGCAAUCUCGACAAGCACUCGGUACGGUUUAGAUUACCGACAGAUGAUCAGGCCAAGGGAAGGGUUGUGCUGUUGCCCUGCUCCUACGCCCACAUCGCCGUCACACCAGAGUAUAAAGACAGAUUCACCACCAAGCCCCAAGACGCUCCCUCACCCAAAAGGAGCAAUAUCCUGUACCCAGACGCCGAGUUACUCCUCGAGAGUUUCGUGCGAACGCUGGUAAAGGAGCCCAAGAUGGAUGGAUGGGUCUCCAGCCUCAGAAUGUGGGCUGUUACCCACCUGUACGGAGAUCUGAUGCUUGGCGAUGAUGUGGUGGAUUCGUGCGACGACGAAGAGGCCAAGGCUUGGUUUAACCAACGUAUUCGGAGAUACAGUGGCAGUAUUGACAGGGCUACAUGUACGAAACGACUGGGGAAAGUAGGCUACGAUGAAAACCUGGCCAGGAUGAAAUAA